GCCAAGGGCAAGAGGGUGCGUGAUAUUUUGAACCCGUCUACAGAACCUGUGUGCCGCUCUCCUCCAGGCAGAGAGCGCAGACCACCGCCACUGGAGUUCCCGUCACCCUCCCACGCGGAGCACCCAUGCCCUGACGUGUCCAGCUGCCGCGGCCCCAGGAUGGAGCAGCAAACCCAGGUCCUCAGGGGCUUCCUGGCCCACGUGAGGAGCAAGGAGGCAAAAGCGGAGGCUGACGGGGGCUUUGUCGGGGAGUUCCUCAAGCUAAAGAGACAGUCCACCAAGUAUCGCGCUGAGAAGACAUACCCGACAAAAGCUGCAGAAAGACAGGAGAAUGUGAAGAAGAACAGAUACAAAGAUAUUGUACCAUUUGACCACAGUCGAGUGAGGCUCUCCCUCAGUACCUCACCCAGCAACAAUGACUACAUCAACGCCAACUUCAUCAAGGGUGUCUUCAAGGAACAGGCUUAUAUCGCUACCCAGGGUCCCCUGGCCGGAACCAUAGUGGACUUCUUGAGGAUGAUCUGGGAGUACAAUGUGGAGGUCAUCGUGAUGGCCUGCAGGGAGUUUGAGAUGGGCAAGAAAAAGUGUGAACGUUACUGGCCGGAGAAGCUGGGGGAAGUGUUCGUGUGUGACCCUUUCACCGUUUGCUGCGAGUCGGAGGAAAAUAAAGGGGACUACGUGACGAGGGUUUUAAAAGUGACCUACCGUGACCUGACCCGCAAAUUCUGGCAGCUGCACUACAUGAACUGGCCGGACCACGGCGUGCCGGACUCCAUCCCACCCAUCCUGGAGAUGAUCCAAGAGAUGCGCAUGUACCAGGAUCAUGAGAACGUCCCCAUCUGCAUCCACUGCAGUGCUGGCUGCGGCAGGACGGGGGCGCUAUGUGCAAUUGACUACACCUGGAACCUGCUCAAGAAUGAGCUGAUAACAGAAAAAUUCAGCAUCUUCCACCUAGUCCAGGACAUGCGAACCCAACGGCCUUCAGUAGUUCAGACCAAGGAACAAUAUGAGCUGGUCUACCGGGCCGUUACGCUCCUGUUUGAGAGGUUCUUGCAGACAAUAGACCUAAACCCAAGGAGAACGGAGAUCCCGGCACCCAGCCUGCCCAUCCAGGCGGAGAGCGAGAGAGACUUCAGCGAGGAGUUGGGGAUAGCGUCAGAGCUGGAGCUGGAGAUUCUCCUGAAGAUGGUUGAGCAAGACCCAAAGGCAGUGGAGUGGUGCAAAAGGGGGAACUGGCAGUUUGACCAGACACAUCAUGUGCCUGAACUGACCGAAUCCCUGAAGCUGUCGUGUCCUGCAGUGGAGGAGGCCCCUCCCAGCAUCCAUGUGUCUCUCCCACCCAAAGACCCUGUAAAGGACCUCCUGGCUCUGACCACAGAGCCUGAGCUGAGCAACCACCACAGCGAGGAAGUAGUCAGAAGGCAAAAACCCCAGCCUGUUCCCAGAACUUCUCUGAUGCUCAAGGACAAGGUGGGCCACAAACUGCAGCAAGUGGAUCAGCUCCCCUCUCGGGAGAAGGAGAUCGAGCCGGACCUCAUCCUUGAGACCCCAGAGGAGUCGGAGGGGUGGUGGUCCUCUGUGGAAGACCCAUACUUCAGUUCUGCCCUGGAGCACAAGAGCCCCAGUGAGUCGGUAGAUGAGAGGUUUCUCAGUGUCCAGUGGACCAGGAGCUCCUACUGUGAAGGCCCCAGUCUGGCCCUCAACGGACAGGUGCUGGAGCCCACACACACCGGGUUCCUCAGCACAGGUAUGGCCCUGGCUUCCCCCGAUGACGAUGAACCGCCCCCGCUGCCAGAACGCACCCCAGAGUCCUUCAUCCUGGCUGACAAGUCGGAUAACCAGUCAAGCAAGCUGGUAUCUCCUCUCCCCAAUACCUGUCAGCCUUUCCUCAUCCGCUCAGUUCCGGAGCCGGAUCCAGACCUCGGGACAGCAGAAAGAGAGACUUAUCCCGCAGAGCCUGAGGGACGUGGCCGGGGGCUGGUGGUGCUCUACCCCCCUGACACUGAAGAUGUCUUCCAUGGGGACGGAGGGCCCCCGUCCCCAGUACCGCCACUCCCGGAGAGAACCCCGGAAUCCUACAUACUGGCCACCGGGGAAGACCUGGUGGUAAACAUGAUUCGGGACACGCCUGGUGCCAGUUGCGCCCGGGUUGGAACAUCCCAGGAGUGGUGCGGGAGCUCAGAGCUUCAGGCGGAAAAGACGAAGAUGUGGAAACGGAGCAAGAGCUUAAAAGUUAGAAUGUCAUUCCCAGCUGUGCCAUCCUUCGCGCCUCCUCCGAUCCCUACUCCCUUGGAGAAAACGACUUUCCUUCCUCUCCCUCCCGUUCCUUCCCUUCCGCCUCCUGCUCCUCCACCAUCCGACGCAGGACCCCCUCGAAGUCUGACGCCACCUCUUCCGGAGCGCACCCCGGAGUCCUUUCUCCUGGCUCCUCAGGAGGACCACCUGAUAGAGGGUCCCAGCCAUCCCCCAGACAGACAGCACAUCGGCACAUCCUGCGAGUGGGCAGGAAACGCCCAGCCUAAGAAGCACCUGGAUUCCGUGAUGAACAGGAGCAAGAGCGUUCGAGUGAGAAGUUCAAAGCAAGAGCCUUUGCUGUUCGCAUGUCCGUCCAUCUGUAGCAAUGCCGUCCUCACGCCGGGAGGGAACAUACCAGUGGGGAGCCAAGCUGUGGACAGUGGAGCUGCCGCUGAUACCACGGUACCAGGCGACAGGCUGAACCAGAGCAGUGAGAAAACCCCUCUUUCCAACAAACCAAGGACUAAGAGUCUCAAGUUCCUGAAGAAUAUGCGGAAACCAAAGGAAAAUCCACCUCCAUCCUCAGCACCUUCUGCACCCGCUCCACCCUAUGGUAUCACCCCGAUUUUCAGAUUUGGAUUUGGGAACCGCUUCAGGAAGCCCAAAGGGCCAAGGAACCAGCCGGAAAACUGGGUGUAGGAGCAGGGCACUCGGGUGGCCCAUCGGGAACAGGAACAAGUACCUGAGCGAUGCCUCCACGCUUAAUUUUGUUUGUGUGGCCUUCAGAGUCACAUGGAGUCCAGUUCUCCCAUGGAGACACUGUAGGGCCCUGUGAGCACAUGGCCUACUAUGGUGCAAUGGUGAGAACAUCUUGUACCUCACCAGAUGCUGCUGCCUCGUUGUUGACAUAACUGCAGGUAUCUGCCUCUGUCCUCAUCUGUACAAGAUAGAAUGCAAUGCACUGUCUUAUUUCCCACUUAUUUAUUACUAUUACUACUAUACAGGGUGUGAAAGUAUUACCUCUAGACGCUAUUGCUUGAUUAUAAUCAGUUACUCUCUAACCCUUUGGUCUUUUGUUUUGGGUGCACCAUCUCAUCCAAAAUGUAUUGCAGCACAAUCCAUCGACGUGCACCUGGUGUUGCGGGUCCACUUGAAUGUAGGUCUUCAGAAUAUUCUUAAUAAGAAUAAAAUCAGUAAUGAUGAAUGUUACAUCUGUGGUUUUUGCAGAGUCGGGACUCACACGACUGCAUGCUGAGAUGUGUUGGCUAGUUUAACUGAUGUCAUCAUGUACCAUUUUGUGUACAUAUUAA